AUGUAUACUGCCCAGAUAGUUUUAGAGAAAAAGAAGCAGAAAGGUCAGCAAAACCUGUCGCAUGAAAAGAAUUUAAACAAUUAUGCACUUCCUACUGAUGAUUAUUAUUUACCAUUUAUAUUGUUUUAUAAUCCUUUAACUUUGCACUCAGCUCAUUUACGUGACUUUGUUCGUCUUUCCUGUUUUAAUUCAAGUGAAUCUGAAGUUAGUACAACGAACAGAGGUAAGAUCCUAUUCUACUAUAUUGGUGGCGUUGGUGUAACCGAAACGCACAGACCAUCAUGA